CUUGAGUACAUCCACUCACAUGACUUUGUUCAUGGGGAUAUCAAACCACAUAACGUUUUGGUGGACAAUUCGAGGCAAACUGUCUACAUCAUUGACUUUGGUAUCACAAAGAAGUACUGGAACAAUGCAACAAAAUCCCACAUCCCAUUUCACCAAGGUCAACAUCUCACAGGCACCCCUGCCUUUGCUUCAAUCAAUAAUCACUUGGGAUUGGAGCCAGGUCGCCAUGAUAAUCUCGAAUCACUUGCUUACAUGUUGGUAUAUUUCUUGUGUGGCUCCCUUCCUUUGCUAAGUAGUGACCAUGAGAGGCUGUCCAGCUCCAUGAUACUCAAGCGCAAAGUGGAUACCACCAUUGCUGAUUUAUGUGGUGGAAUUCCUGCUACAUUCGCAAAUAUCCUCAUCUACUCACGCUCUCUCUCAUUCUCAGAGGAUCCUGAUUAUGACCAUCUUCAUUCUUUACUUCAUGAU